UGUUGUCAUCGGCGGAGCGACGUCCGGAGGCGGCGGCGUAGGCCCCGGCGGGGCGUUUGGUUUCGGUUUGGCCCUGCCUAGAAUUAGUGUUGACGGUCGAAAUGGGAGUCCCCAAAUUUUACCGAUGGAUCUCGGAGCGGUAUCCCUGCCUCAGCGAAGUGGUGAAGGAGCAUCAGAUUCCUGAAUUUGACAACUUGUAUCUGGAUAUGAAUGGAAUUAUACAUCAGUGUUCCCAUCCUAAUGAUGAUGAUGUUCACUUCAGAAUUUCAGAAGAUAAAAUCUUUACUGAUAUUUUUCACUACCUGGAGGUGUUGUUUCGCAUUAUUAAACCUAGGAAAGUGUUCUUUAUGGCUGUUGAUGGUGUGGCUCCUCGAGCGAAAAUGAACCAGCAGCGUGGGAGGCGUUUUAGGUCAGCAAAGGAGGCAGAAGACAAAAUUAAAAAGGCAGUAGAAAAGGGAGAAACUCUUCCCACAGAGGCCAGAUUUGAUUCCAACUGUAUUACACCAGGGACUGAAUUCAUGGCCAGGUUACAUGAACAUCUGAAGUAUUUUGUAAAUAUGAAAAUUUCCACAGACAAGUCAUGGCAAGGAGUUACUAUCUACUUCUCAGGCCAUGAGACUCCUGGAGAGGGAGAACAUAAAAUCAUGGAAUUUAUCAGAUCCGAGAAAGCAAAGCCAGAUCAUGAUCCAAACACCAGACACUGUCUUUAUGGUUUAGAUGCUGACUUGAUUAUGCUUGGAUUAACAAGUCAUGAGGCACAUUUUUCUCUCUUAAGAGAAGAGGUUCGAUUUGGUGGCAAAAAAACACAAAGGGUGUGUGCACCAGAAGAAACCACAUUUCACCUCCUACACUUGUCGUUAAUGAGAGAGUAUAUUGACUAUGAAUUUUCAGCAUUAAAAGAAAAGAUCACAUUUAAAUAUGACAUUGAAAGAAUUAUAGAUGAUUGGAUUUUGAUGGGAUUUCUUGUUGGCAAUGAUUUUAUCCCUCAUCUACCUCAUUUACAUAUUAAUCAUGAUGCACUGCCUCUUCUUUAUGGAACAUAUAUUACCAUCCUGCCGGAACUUGGGGGUUAUAUUAAUGAAAGUGGGCAUCUCAACUUACCUCGAUUUGAAAAAUACCUUGUGAAACUAUCAGAUUUUGAUCGGGAGCACUUCAGUGAAGUUUUUGUGGACCUCAAGUGGUUUGAAAGCAAAGUUGGUAACAAGUACCUAAAUGAAGCAGCGGGUGUCGCAGCAGAAGAAGCCAAGAACUAUAAGGAAAAGAAAAAAUCAAAGGGCCAAGAAAACUCUAUAUGUUGGGCUGCUUUAGACAAAAAUGAAGUAGUAACUUCUAAGGAUAAUUUAGAAGAUGAGACUGAAGAUGAUGACCUAUUUGAAACUGAAUUUAGACAAUAUAAAAGAACAUAUUACAUGACAAAGAUGGGAGUUGAUGUAGUAUCUGAUGACUUUCUGGCUGAUCAAGCUGCAUGUUAUGUUCAGGCAAUACAGUGGAUUUUGCACUAUUACUAUCAUGGAGUUCAGUCCUGGAGCUGGUAUUAUCCUUAUCAUUAUGCACCUUUCCUAUCUGAUAUCCGAAAUAUUAGUACACUCAAAAUCCAUUUUGAACUUGGAAAACCUUUUAAGCCAUUUGAACAGCUUCUUGCUGUACUUCCAGCAGCUAGCAAAAAUUUGCUUCCUGCAUGUUACCAGCAUUUGAUGACCAGUGAAGACUCACCAAUUAUAGAAUAUUAUCCACCUGAUUUUAAAACAGACCUAAAUGGGAAACAACAGGAGUGGGAAGCUGUGGUAUUAAUACCUUUUAUUGAUGAGAAGCGAUUGUUGGAAGCAAUGGAAGCUUGUAACCACUCCCUCAAAAAGGAAGAGAAGAAAAGAAACCAACAUAGUGAGUGCCUAAUGUGUUGGUAUGAUAGAGAAACAGAGUUCACCUACCCCUCUCCAUGGCCAGAAAAGUUUCCUGCCAUAGAACGAUGUUGUGCAAGGUACAAAAUAAUAUCAUUAGAUGCUUGGCGUGUAGACAUAAAUAAGAACAAAAUAACCAAGGUUGAUCAGAAAGCAUUGUAUUUCUGUGGAUUUCCUUCUCUGAAACACAUCAAACACAAUUUUUUUUUGAAGAAAAGUGGUGUUCAAGUGUUCCAGCAAAGCAGUCGUGGUGAAAACAUGAUGUUGGAAAUCUUAAUGAAUACAGACUCAGAUGAACUUAGUAUAGAAAAUGUAGCUUCAUCCGUACUUGGAAAGUCUGUCUUUGUUAAUUGGCCUCACCUUGAAGAAGCUAGAGUUGUGGCUGUCUCAGAUGGAGAAACUAAGUUUUACUUGGAAGAACCUCCAGGAACACAGAAACUUUAUUUGGGAAGAACUGCCCCACCAUCUAAAGUGGUCCAUCUUGGGGAUAAAGAACAGUCUAACUGGGCAAAAGAAGUACAAGGAAUUUCAGAACACUACUUGAGAAGAAAAGGAAUAAUAAUAAAUGAAACAUCUGCAGUUGUGUAUGCUCAGUUACUCACGGGUCGUAAAUAUCAAAUAAAUCAAAAUGGUGAAGUUCGUCUAGAAAAACAAUGGUCAAAACAAGUUCUUCCUUUUGUUUAUCAAACUAUUGUCAAGGACAUCCGAGCUUUUGACUCCCGUUUCUCCAGUAUCAAAACAUUGGAUGAUUUGUUUCCUCCUAGAAGUAUGGUCUUUAUGCUGGGAACCCCCUAUUAUGGCUGCACUGGAGAAGUUCAGGAUUCAAGUGAUGUGAUUACAGAAGGUAGGAUUCGUGUGGUUUUCAGCAUUCCAUGUGAACCCAAUCUUGAUGCUUUAAUACAAAACCAGCAUAAAUAUUCUAUAAAGUACAACCCAGGAUAUGUGUUGGCCAGUCGCCUUGGAGUGAGUGGAUACCUUGUUUCAAGGUUUACAGGAAGUAUUUUUAUUGGAAGAGGAUCUAGGAGAAAAUGGUUUAAAUUCAGCCCUCAUGGAGACCAUAAAGCAAAUGUGGGUUUGAAUCUCAAAUUCAACAAAAAGAAUGAGGAGGUCCCUGGAUAUACUAAGAAAGUUGGAAGUGAAUGGAUGUAUUCAUCUGCGGCAGAACAACUUCUUGCAGAAUACUUAGAGAGAGCUCCAGAACUAUUUAGUUAUAUAGCCAAAAAUAGCCAAGAGGAUGUAUUCUAUGAAGAUGACAUUUGGCCUGGAGAAAAUGAGAAUGGUGCUGAGAAAGUCCAGGAAAUUACGACUUGGCUAAAAGGACAUCCUGUCAGUACUUUGUCUCGUUCUUCUUGUGAUUUACAAAUUCUGGAUGCAGCAAUUGUUGAGAAAAUUGAGGAAGAAGUUGAAAAGUGCAAGCAAAGAAAGAAUAAUAAAAAGGUUCGAGUGACAGUGAAACCCCAUUUGCUGUACAGACCUUUGGAACAGCAACAUGGAGUCAUUCCUGAUCGAGAUGCAGAAUUUCGUCUCUUUGACCGUGUUGUAAAUGUGAGAGAGAACUUUUCAGUUCCAGUUGGCCUUCGGGGCACCAUCAUAGGAAUUAAAGGGGCUAAUAGAGAAGCAGAUGUACUAUUUGAAGUAUUAUUUGAUGAAGAAUUUCCUGGAGGCUUAACAAUAAGGUGCUCACCUGGAAGAGGUUAUCGAUUGCCAACAAGUGCCUUGGUGAACCUUUCUCAUGGAAGUCGCCCUGAAAGUGGAAAUCAGAAAUUGACAGCCAUUGUGAAACCACAGCCAGCUGUGAAUCCCUGCAGCUCAAACUCGUUAAUUGCCUCUGGACAUAUGGGCGGCCUCAACCAUUCCCCGCAGUCACUUUUUGUUCCUACUCAAGUACCUGUUAAAGAUGAUGAUGAAUUUUGCAAUAUUUGGCAGUCCUUACAGGCAUCUGGAAAGCUUCAGCACUUUCAGCCAACUACACAAGAUAAGGGUGCAGUUCUACCUCAGGAAAUUCAUCAAGUAACUCAACAACAUAAAUCUGGCUUAAGUGACAACAGCGUUAAAUACCAGCAAAGAAAACAUGACCCUCACAGAAAAUUUAAAGAAGAGUGUAAGAGUCCUAAAGUUGAGUGUCGGUCACAAAAAAUGUCCAAUAAGCAGACUUUUGGAGGGCCUGCCAAAUGUAAUAUUAAGCUAUUGAAGAGAAAUGAAAGUCCAGAAGUCUCAGAAACCCAAAAGGUUGUGACUGGUUACCCAAAUCCUAUUGAUAAGCAUAACUCUGGAAUGGAGAACAUUUUAGCAUCCUUGACUAUCUCCAAAGAAAAUGAAGUCCCGUCAGCUCAUCAUGGAGAGCCUCCAAAUGAAGAGCAUUUGUCACCACAGUCAUUUGCUAUGAAGGGAACGAAGAUGCUUAAAGAAAUACUAAAAAUUGAUGGCUCUGACACUGUGGACCGUAAGAAUGAGAUGAAAAAAUCUGGUGAUGAAGUCACUGUUUCUUCUACUAGAAAAGAUGAAUAUGGACUGGCCUCACAGCCUAAACAAAAUAAGAAAUUGUCAUCUUAUAUGAAUAAGCCUCACAGUGUUAAUGAGUACCAUAAUGUUCAGUCUAUGGACAACGUGUGUUGGCCUGCUCCCAGCCAGAUUCCUCCUGUGUCUACACCGGUAACUGAACUUUGUCGAAUUUGUUCACUCGUUGGAAUGCCACAACCAGAUUUCUCCUUUCUUCGAACACCACAGACCAUGACAGUUUGCCAGGUAAAGUUAUCUAAUGGCCUGCUGGUACAUGGGCCACAGUGCCACUCUGAAAAUGAAGCCAAGGAAAAAGCUGCACUUUUUGCUUUACAACAGUUGUUUUUUAAUACUUCACAGGGUUCCUUAGUGAACUUCCCUUUGUCUCCACCAAUAUUUCCAAAUUAUCCUGCUGUAACACCUGGAACCAUUCCUCCAGUCUUUCCCCAACCUACUGGCUGGGAUCACUAUGGAAGCAACUUAGCAUUGGGGGCAGCUAAUAUAAUGCCUCCAUCUCAUCUCUUCGGCUCAAUGCCAUGGGGAUCACCAGUACCAGUUCCUGGGAAGCCCUUCCAUCAUCCUGCAUAUUCUGGGACCAUGCCCAUGGCUGGAGUGAUGCCAGGUGGCGUGCAUAAUCAGUUCAUACCUCUGCAGGUUACCAAAAAAAGGGUUGCAAACAAAAAGAUCAUUGAGAAUAAGGAGGCCCAGAGUUCUUCUCAAACCACUCUGGCUAAGACUAACCAGCCAGGAUCUUCUGAUGUCCCCAAAGGGAGUCUGCAGGAGAGCCCAUCAGCUUCCCUAACGCCCUCUGAGACUGCGCCGCCUUCGUCUUCUGUUCAAGUUGAAACUGCCUCUCAGGGCCAUGGUGCGUCGCAUCGUAAGUCAACACCAAGUUCUUCAAGAAGAAAAUCAAGAAAACUGGCUGUCAACUUUGGCAUUUCUAAACCUUCUGAAUAAAUUUGGUACUUGGAAUUCAAUUAAUUUGUUUACUUUACAACACCUUUUUUACAGGUCCAUAUCCAUGUCUCAUAAAAAAUGAGCAUAUUACUAUUUUAAAAUAAUAUGUUUAAAUUGGGAAGUUUUCCUUUUUAAGUUGCCAGGCACUUUUCAUGCUAUUUAAAGGUUAAAUAUCAGAUUGUGCACUUUAAAUAUGUGCAGUUUGUUGUGCAUCAGUUAUGCCUCAAUAAAGCUGUAAAAAAAAAAAAAAACUAAAUUAAACCUUGUGCUAAGAUAGUAUGAGUGGGCUAAGCAUUAAAAUGCACCACUCUAACCACUGGCCUCCUCGUUAGAAAUAUCCCCAAUAUGACUUAGACACCCUUUUAGCAAUAAUAGUAAAACUUUGUUUUAACUUUGUUUUACAUUAUCAUUGGGGUAUAAUUAAUUGGAGCAUGAAAAUUGGGCCUCAAGUAUGAUUGACUAAACGUAGGGAUUCUUUUUCUCUUUUUAAUGAUGUGACAAAAUGAAUCAAGAGAACGGCUCUUCUGUGUGUGUAUUUAACUUCUGUUCUCUGUCCCUGAGGGGCCUGUGAAAUGAUCACACGCGUUGUGGUGCUGCCAGUUUUGCUUUAUUCUCAAUUUUGUACCAAAGCAACUUUAGAUUACUGAUCAGAAUAUUUCAUUUAAUUGUUAAGAAACAUAAAUAGCAAUCUAGAUUUGAGUUAGUACUUUUAAAGUUUUCUAGAUUAUUCAAGAACCAGCAUUAGUAAUUUCUAAUAAAAUGAAGUUUCAAAAUCUACAGGGUACAGUUACUACAGAUUUAUCUUCUAUAGAGUAAAGAACAAAAUAUGAAUCACGUUGUUACUAUUUUGUGUAGCUUUUGAUCUGCUUACUUAACAUACGUGAGAGCUCCGGUGUUGGUCCAUGUCUAAUGCUUCUUGGGAGUGAUGGAGGUCAGUUUUGUUUAAAUCUGAGGUGUGCUGUGAUACAGGCACAGUCCGUUUGUGAUGUACAUUAUUUACUGCCUGUCUCAUUGGAGUUCUGUAAUUUUAGCUUUAUGCGAACUGUUCAGUGAUGCUGGCGUUUCGUCUUUGCAUGUCAUGUGGAGGUGUGUUGGUCAUAUUAUAACUGUUAAAAUUAUUUUAGAAAAUGUCUCAGUGGUACCAGGGCCUGGGUUUUUAUAGAUAUAUAUAUAUAUAUAUAUAUAUAUGUAUAAUAUAUAUAUUUAUCCUUUAGUUUUUGUGAUAUGCUUAUAUUUUUAAAGAAGUAAGUUAUACUUUUUUAAAGAACCACAAUCUUUAUAUGGAGCUGCUUAUGAUUGUAUCUGAUUUCAUUUAGCACAUUGAAAGCUUUGCCAUGAGUCUCAGUCUGCUUGUUUUUUUAAAUGCUGGUAUUCCUUUCUCUAAUUGCUGGUUCCAGAGCUUCUCUAGCUAUGAGGAGGAUAUUUGUAUUUUAGUAGUGCCUUUUGUAUAAGUGAUAAAUGGUGUUUAUUCAUCAUUUAUUGAAGUCAUGUGGGUUUCUAUGAUUUUGUUUUCUAAUAAUUUCCUAGGUUCAGAUGUUCAUCAGUUCCCACCUUUCCUUGUUUGUUUCUCUGCAGUUGGAUCUUAGUAAUGAGCAAAAGUAAUUCUCAGUAUUUAUCUUUAUUGCCUCACAAAUUCUCUGUUUUAAGGGGAAGGGAUUACAAGGAAAAGUUAACUUGUGACAGUAAUGUUCUCUUAGCCUCUUACUACUGUAAAGUGUGGGAUAUUUUUCGCCUGACUUAACCAUGUGAACUCUGGCAUUCAAGGACUGCCUCAUCCAUCACGCCUGUGUGACAGCUCUGUAAACCGUGUUCAGCCCACAUCUGUUACAGAACACAGAGGAAGGCUCGUGGGCCAUCUUUGGAAAGCUCAGGAGUAGGUUGACUAAACAUCAUGCCACUGAGCCCAUAAAGACACUUGUCCAGUAUUUGAGUACAACCAGCUGAUAAUUCUAUAUGGAUAGGCAGUAAAAGUGUUUUCUUUUCCUUCCUUCCCUUUUUCUUUUUAGAAAAAGCAUGUUGUUCUAGCAGUCAAGAUUGAAAAGGAGAGAACUUCAUAAUGACUGCAUAGCGGUCAGUCAUUCCCUGUUCUUUUAUCCUCAUAAACCUGUUCCAAGUGUGGCCCCCAGAUCACGGCGCAUGCGCCCCCUGUGAAGGACAUGGAGGAAAGGCUGUGGUUCCCUCAGGAUGACCUGGAGACUGGAUCCACUGGUAGUCAUGCCUGGGGGAGUCCACUACAUCUCUGAGAAACAGCUGGACUUUGGAAAACUUACAGUUUUUCUCUUUUGGCAAGGCAGACUAAAACCAUCCCCCAGAGUUUAAAAAUAUGCUCAUUCAGCUGUUUACUUAGGAGAACUUUUUGUGUAAAUGAUGGUGUAUAGGGUACAGAAGGAAAGAUUCCCCAAAUUGCUCCGUGCUUCCACGUAACUGGAGUACUAAAAUCUACUGAAGCCUUCUUCACGCUGAAACAUUAUUUCGAAAUGUUCUUGUUCAAUGUUUUUUUUUUUUUUUUUUUUUGGACCAAAUUAAGUGGAUUUUGAAGAGUGACCCUUCCAGUCUCUUUCCUUGUCACACCUUCCUCCAUUACCUGGUCCUAACCUCAGUUUUACAAUAUGAUAAAUAUAAUGUGUUAAUUGUUUUAGACAUCAUACAGACUGAAGUCUUAAACAUCUAAGACUCAAUUGCAUGAAAAAUUAAAUUGACUUCAGUUGAACCUGGAUUUCAAUUUAAGAUCUUUGUCUUUCAAAGGGAUACGUAGCAAAGAUCAGAAUUUGUUUUUCCUAUUAGUGGGAGGGAUGAGGAACUGUUAAUGCAAGGUUUUCCUAAUUUAUUUAUUUUUCUUUGAUCUGAUAUUUGCUUUGGCUCUAGACUCCUUCCAAAUUGAUCCAGGUUCUUGGUUUUAAGAGGAGGAGGCAAAGACAGGGGCAGUUGGAAGAAGGAAAUCAGGUCCGUUUGUAUCACUCGUAGUUCCCAUACAGCUGCCUGGUUUCUUCCCUCAUGUGAGCGAGGUGCAGCUGUGCAGAUCCCCACUGAAGUUAAUCCUCACAUGCUUCCCGGUUUUCAGAGCAUCUUUUUCAACGCCACUGUGUACAAUUUCAGCUUCUUGAGGUUGCUUUCUUUCUUAGUGCCAUGUUGCUUCCAUACUGUGUUUUUACUGCAGAAGAGAAUGAAUUUAUUGGAGAGAAAUUGCUAUGCAAAGCAUCUCUUAAAACCACGUAUCACAGAAGUCCACUUGUUGUUUUUCUAGAGACAGUGAGAGUACUCCAACUGGCAGUCUACCUGAAGUACGUUUUGUAAGCUUUGCCAGUGAAACGGUCUUUUUUGCAGGAAACUCCUUUCCUAGUCAGGCUAAAGCUUAAACUUCCAGAAAUGAAUGUUUUUCCACCUGAUUUGAUUAUAUUUCCAUCAGACGUCUUCGUAUUCUGCCAGGGAGCAGUAAACAGUAUUGAAAUAGACAGCGUCGGACCUCCAGCAGAGCAAUCAGGCAGAUCAGCGUGUUUCACUGUUAGCUUACAGAGUUAAGGACUCAGACGUCACAGAUUCUUCUUAGAGAGCAGGAGGAGAAACAUGCAUAAACUAGCUGUAGUCCAGAAUGUCAGCUUCCACAGCUGUGUGUGUGCGUGUGUGUGUGCGUGUGUGUGUGUCAGCCAAUCUCAAGGCCUUGCUCAGUCAGUGCAUUCAGCCAUCUCAAGUGCAAUUUCUGAAGGAAACUGUGGUUUCCAACAGAUAUAUUUUUUACAUAGCUUAACCUAUGAAAGUUAAUUUUUUUCCCAGCAUUACACUCAUUGCUAUUGAUCGUUUCAAUAUAUUUGGUAUACUAUUAAAUUGCCCAGGCCAAAUAAUUUUCUGUAGCUGUUUUAGUAAUUUGGAGCCAAAUUCUCAUUUGUUUCUCCUGAAAAAAUUGGAGUGAGAAUUGAGGCCACAGUUUGUUGUAAGUCCUUUGAUUUCUUUCUUUUCUUUCUUUUUCCUUAUAAUGAAGGGUUUUUCUGUGUAGUUUUGAUUUUGGUUUCUUUAAAAUUUUGGGGACAAAAAGAGGGCCUCAAGUAUCGUAUAUUUUCUUUUGCCUGCGCCCAGUUGCUUCUUUGAGUGUUUUUAUCUAUUUGGAUGUAUAGUAAUAGAUGGCGUGCUGUGUUACCAACGUGUUCAACAUUUUGUUCAUUUAAAUACUAUAAUUAGGUGUCAUUCAUAUAUAUAUAAAUUCAUUUCUUUUCUCACAUAUAUAUUUUAUAAGUAACUGGAAUUUUUCAUUAGAUCUUAUACAGAGCAGUAUUUUAUUAAAAAUUCAAAAGGGAAGACUUUUAUGUGCUCAUUUUAUAGUUUUUGUUUUUUAAAUAUCUUUACAUUGUUUGCCAAUUAAAGUGUUUUAAUCUUGCAUUGCAAUGGACUCCGAAUGUAUUUUUGUGUUGUACAUUUGUAGAUUUCUAGCAUGAAGUUAGCCUCAACAUGCUGUGCAAAAGAAUUUUAAAAUAUGAGUCACUGAAAGUUUAAAACAUCUAUACAUGUUAAGUGCUGUAUGGAUUUUAAUUAAAGACUUGAGAAUGAUUUCAUAA